AUGUGGCCAGACAGAGGAGCUGCCGGCCAGGGAGGCCCGGUUGCCUCUGCGUCCGCCGGCAGCCUGCCAUACUCUCCAGCACGGCGGCAGUCACAGCUAUCUGCUGCUAACAAGCCGGGACGGCCGUCGUUUAGUCCCAGGUCCUCCUCACUGUCCUUCUCUCCCACCCCGAAUGCCUCCACUACCUCCCUACCCGGCGCCGCACGAGCCGCAAAUGGACUCUCGAGACAGCCUCCUUCGGCCAUGAGGAACCAAAGCUACCCUGACCCGGUAGAUGUCUUGAACGGCAUCAUUGGCCAGCGACGUAGCAGUUCUACGUCCGGCGACGAGGCAGCCUCGCCGCCAGAGAAGCCGGAUGUCCUUUGUGAGAACAUCGACUUUGGCGGCCUCAGCUUAGAGGAGUUUGCCCAUCAGAUGGAGACACUGCCAGCUCGCCGGAACUAUGGGCAGGGACUACAAUCAUUUGAGCAGUAUGAGAAUGAUCGGAAUAUCUUUGAAGAACUUCACAAUUCGAUCACAGUAUGUCACAUCUCACGUUUUCAUUCAGAUCUUUCACCUGAUACUACAAAGAGGCCCCCCCAGCUAAUCAUCUUUGCACUCCAGGGAUGUGACGAAAUACUAAAAUCAGUUGAAUCAUACCUCACCAAGUUCCAAGCCGAGCUGGGGGCUAUAUCCUCGAAGAUUGAGUCCCUACAGUCCCGUUCAUUCCGACUAAGUUCACAGCUUGAGAAUAGGAAGAAUGUUGAACGAAUCUUGGGGCCAGCUGUCGAGAAAGUUAGCGUGUCACCACAUACAGUUCGGUCGAUAUCAGACCGUCCUAUCGAUCAAGAAUGGGUUAAAGCUCUCUCUGAACUCGAUACGCUUUCUUCUACUAUCAAUGCAGAUACCUCUACCCCAGAAAACAUAAAGGCCAUAGAGGAUGUCAGACCUUUACUGAAAAAUUUGCAAGAAAAGGCUGUGGAGCGGAUUCGAGACUUUCUAGUCACUCAAAUAAAGGCCAUUCGAUCCCCGAAUAUGAAUGCUCAAGUCAUCCAACAACAGUCGCUCCUGAAAUACAAAGAUCUAUAUACAUAUCUUUCGACUCACCACCCAACAUUAUCCGAGGAGAUCACCCAAGCGUAUGUCAAUACGAUGAGGUGGUAUUACUUAUCAAACUUCACUCGAUAUUCCCAAGCCUUAGAUAAGUUGAAGCUCUAUUCAAUCGAUCGAAAUGAUCUCCUUGGAGGCGAUGCUUCUUCGCAGAGAACGGGUAAAUCAUAUUUCUACAUUUAUAUUCUUCAAGCGCAUGGUGGAUCUGGCGGCCGUAGUCCUGCACUUGCUGCUCAUGAUCCCCUCGCCUUGGGUCGGCGUAUGGACAUAUUGAAAUCAAGCUCCCACAUGGCUCUCUCAUCUUACUUGGCAGAGGAAGACAAGUCUACACAUGGGCUGGAGAUUGUCUUCCGAAACUUCAAUCUGGCGCUGAUUGAUAAUAUCUCUGCUGAGUAUUCGUUUAUGGCCGAGAUGUUUUCUGCGAAAACAAUACAUUAUACCUCGCAGAAAGUGACGGAGAUCUUCGAACCCACAUUCGCAUCCGGUCAGGCUAUAACAAAACAGCUUAUCGAUACCACUACUGACUGUAUUGGAAUCCUCCUCUGCGUAAGAUUAAACCAGCAAUUUGCAUUUGAAAUGCAACGUCGGAAAGUCCCAGUGGCAGAUCCUUACAUCAACGGCAUCAACAUGCAACUCUGGCCUCGGUUCCAAAUGAUCAUGGACAUGCAUUUUGAAUCACUGAAGAGGAUAUCAACAGCCUCUACUAGAAGCGGCCUUUCAGUCCUAGCUCUGACAUCAACCGAUGCCCAAUCAUCUGCACCGCACUUCCUUACACAACGAUUCGGCCAGUUCCUGCAUAGUAUAUUGACAUUAUGCAACGAAGCUGGUGAUGAUGAGCCGAUUUUCAACAGUCUAGGCAGGCUGGUGAAUGAAUUCGACGCCCUGCUCACCAAACUAAGCAAGAGCAGCGGUGACGCAAAAAGAAGAGAACGCUUCCUCUUUAACAAUUACUCCUUAAUUCUAACCAUUAUCAGCGAUACCAAAGGAAAACUGGCAACCGACCAGAAAGAGGUGCGUGCUUACUACAAGCAAUUCAUCGUUGUUUUUGAUAUACUAACAAUCUCGUAG